GACCUGCAAAGAGAAAAAGAGAAUUACGCGAUUGAAAACCGCAGGAUCACAAAUACUUGAUUCGAUCAUCGUGAAAGUUUAAUAUCUAAAAAAGUAAAUCUAAAGUCUACGAUAAAUCUUGCGUCGGUCGAAGUGUCUUUUUAUUUGAUUUUGGCAAACCCCGUGGUCUAGUGAUGGACGUUUCAAUUCGACGAAACACUUGGAGUAAAGAUACGAGAUCAGUGCUACGCGUGGCCAUCGAAUACAGCGUCAACGUGAACCAGAUUCGUUAUAGUAAGUAUUUAACAACUUUCUUCACCGGAAAUACAAAACUCGCCAAUCAACAAGGUCGAGUUCCUGAUCCUAUCAAACACGGGAACCUGACUUGGACCAUCCGGAACUAUCGAUCUGUUUACCUCGACAAACGGCGAAUAUAUAAAGCUAACGCUUUUCUCGAUUUGACGAACAGUUGCUCCUCAACGAGACCACAAUGUCUAUGAUCUCGCUGUUCCUAAUACUUUGCUGUGGCUACGCGCUAACUGCAGAAACAAACGAUACGAAGCAAAGUAAACGGGGAAUACCAGAAGCUGGCGGAUGGGUUGGAAUACCAAAUUCUCAUGGGUACGGUCAUGGACAACCAUGGUUAGGUGAUCCAGGUUGGAAAGGGCUCAAAUUUCCUCCCUUUAAUUUAGCUCACGAAGGAUUGCAUGGCGGAUUAUCAUACGGUAGAGUACCUGCUAUUUCUUUACCAAUUGGGGGGGCCAAUUUGUUGAAAACGUUUCCGGUAUACAUAACGAAACACGUGGUUCUGGAAAGACCAGUUCCUGUUCCACAGCCAGUUUACAUCGAGAAACCGUAUCACGUGCCAGUUCCGAUCGAAAAGAUCAUUCACAGACCGGUCCCGGUUCCCAUUCCGAUACACGAGGCAGUUCCGGUCCCGGUGGAACGCCCAAUUGCAAUACCGGUGAAGCACCCCGUGGCGGUGCCAGUACAACAACCGUAUCCAGUACCGGUAAAGCAAGCGUUUCCAAUACCGGUCCCGGUUCCAGUUCCGAUUCCGGUCCAUCCAGCUCCGAUCCCGCUGAUUGGCGCUGGUCCGGUUGGCUCACCGGCAUUCGACGGUAGAGGUUAUGGCGGUGGUCACUUUUAUCCUGUGUUGCAUGGCCACGGGCUGCAUGGCCAUCCGUUGCCCGCGCAGUUCGUUCAUGGUUUUGGCGCCGGUUUUGGACACGGUUUCGGCCACGAGUACGGUCACGGCCACGGUUACGACUAUCCACAUGCGUACGCUGCCGACUUCGGUCAUGGACACGAACACAAAAAGCGAAGCAAGAAUUGAAGCGCCGAUUCUCAAGAGAGAGGCUCUUUAACCCCUUAACUUUUUUCGCGACGAAUUUUCUUCCAACGAUAAAGGCAAUAAUAAUUUGUACUGUAGUAUACAUUGAACUAGAUAAAACAUAUCUUUGAAACUGGGAUAUAUAGUCCCAGUCAGUCUUUGAGAUGAUAGGAUGUUUUAAUUAACAUAAUUCAAAAGGGUAGAAUGUAUUAACAUUCGUUUGUUACAAUGAACUGAGGCUUGUUAAUAUAUAAUUAACUUGGAGGAAUUAUAUAUGAAAGUUUAAAAAAUAAGUGUUAUUGCAUUUGUUAAAAGCUCCAAGUUUUGUUAAUUUAAUAUAGUACUUUUAAAUAGGUAUUCUAUGAAAGAGUGAGGACUUGUUGUAGAUAAUAUGUCUCAUGUAUUUAUAUACAUUGACACGUAAUUAAGUAACGAUAUCGAAGAUUAUAGUUUAUAAUUUUAGAAUCAAGACAGAACAGUUUUUGUUAUAGUUAAGGAAAAAUAUUUGUCAACUUACUAUUCUUUUUUUUUUGUUCUAUCCCUCUUGCUUUUCAAAAUACACACUGUCGAGGUACACACGCAUUUAACAUUUAAGUACAAUGUAGUACCAAUAAUUUUGUAUAUUACAAUGAUUUUAUAUGAUAAUUAUGUAAAGAUACAAAUACCGAUGUUAAAAAUAUAUUAAUUUCUCGUA